AUGAACAAAAAGAGAGUGAGAGAGACGAAAGAUUCCAAUAUUUGCUGCGUGCACAGUGGAAAAAAAUACACACGAGGAAGAUAUUACUUACAUUUCACUUUGUUAAUAUCCAGCACAUUGUGGAACAAAAUUUUUUUUAUUUGGCUAGACAAGUGUUUAUUUUUUGGUUUUUACAUUGUAUCAAACGUGUUCCGAAAAAAGGCGAGAGAAAGAAAAAUGUCACUUCCAAAAAAUUUACAAGAUUGCUAUUUUUUCUACUAUUCAGCAUGUCGUAAAGGUACUAGUUGUCAAUAUCGCCACUGUCCGGCGGCACUUGGGCACGAGCGCACUUGCGCCAAAUUCAAGUUAGGCCAAUGUUUGGAUGCAAAUUGUCAGGACCGGCACAUGGUUAUUGAGAAGACACGCAGCAAAAUUCAGUGCUAUUGGGAAUCAAAACCGUCUGGUUGCUGUAAACCUCAUUGUGUGUUCAAGCACAUCAAGCGUCAAAAUAACAAUAACGUAACAACCACAGCCACAAUAGAAACACCUGAAGCCAUCUCACAGUCCGUAGAAUCAGCAACAGCAUCGGUUUAAGCUUUUUCGUUAUAACCAGACGAAGAUCGUAUCUUGCGUGAAAAUUUCAACUAUUUCUCCUCCGAAUAAAUUUGGACAUACCGUUAAUCAUUUAAAUUAGUGACAAAGCGUGAAAAAUGGAAUACAAAUUAAAACAAAAACUAUAUGUAAAAAUAUGAACGAGAAUAAUGAGACAAAAUGGAUUUAGAGCGAAAGCUCAAAAUUAAAAAAGUUACUAUAUGAUUUUAAUGAAAUCAACGCCCUAUUAUGUCAGCCCUUUAUGUUUUAAAAUUUGCGACGAAUUUAUCAACAACUUCUUGUUUUCAUUUAGCUUAGUCAUAGCGUUUCUUUUCUGAACGAUACCGAAACUUGCAUUUUUUUUUGUGUGCGUUCAAUUUUAUGUCUAUUAUUGUUGUCUUCAUUAAUUUUUUUGAUGCUAAUGAAUAAUUUAUUAUAAAACUGUAGAUAUGUAUACAACUUUGAUUUGGUUUUAUUGCAAGAAUAAUAAAUCCAUUCAAAAAUUAUAUAUAUGAUAUAGAUAAUUUUCGUGUACACAUUCUGUUACCGAAUAUUAGAUAAAAAUCGCGCAUAUAAUGAAUUAAAAAUGUAAAAAAUAUUCACGCUGGCACUUGCUCUAUCAAAUUGUAUUCAACGUGUAAAUUUGUUCGAAUUUUUUACAUUUUUUUUAAUAAAUAGUUGACUUAAAUUUUUUCUUAAAAUAUUCUA